UUCAAGGCCCACCUUGUAGUUAGUUUUGAUUCAUUCUUAACUAGUUGUUUACCUCUAAGUCCAUAUUCUGAGGUCUUUGUCUCGCUCUGUUCCUCUUAUUUGUGUGUCUUAAUUUCCAAUUCUAUUUAUAUAGUCUUUGAAAAAAAUGGAGUACAAAGAGUACAACUGUCCCCACUAUCAGCGACACUGCAAGCUUGUUUGUCCUGAGUGCUCGAGGGCGUACGUGUGUCGCCUGUGUCACGACGACGCUGAGGAGCACAACAUCAACAGGUUCGCUGUCACCUCCGUCGUCUGCCUCGCCUGCGACGCCACGCAACCUAAGGCCGCUGAGUGCGCCCACUGCGGCCAGCGCUUUGGCAAGUAUUCGUGCCUGGUGUGCGCGCUCUACGAUGACCGCGAUCUGGGCCAGUUCCACUGCGACGGCUGCCGCUUGUGUCGUGUUGGAGGUCGUGAGAAAUACACGCACUGUGACACCUGCUGCAGCUGCUUACCCAACCACCUCGCUAACAAACACCAGUGUCUGCCGGGCGCCAGUGAGCGGCAGUGCCCCGUGUGUCUGGAGGACAUCCACAGCGCCAGAGACACGGCGCACGUGCCGUCCUGCCACCACUUCCUACACUCGUCCUGCUACGAGCAGCUCAUCAGGCAGAAUAUUUCCUCCUGCCCCGUCUGUGGCAAGUCCAUGUUCGAGAUGACCAGACAAUGGGAGGAGCUGGACCAGAUCAUCAGAGAGACGCCCAUGCCGCCAUCGUAUCGCGGCGUGUGCUGUCAGGUCAACUGCAGGGACUGCAACAAGGAAAGCAUUGUGAUAUUCCAUGUUGACGGUUUGAAGUGCAAACUUUGCGGCUCUUACAACACUUCCAGGUCCGGUGGAAGCUUUCUGCGCAGGAAGAAAAUAUCGCGUGACACCGAUGCGAACAUCGGCUCCCUAGUAGUGCAGUGUCAGAGCACCGACGUCGGUGGCAGCAAUCAACGUACUGACGUUGUUUCUUCUAGCUUACCUGCUGCAGAGUCCAUGGACGCUGCUGCAUCAACAUUUAGUGAUUCCGUUACAGGACUCGAGAGUUCAAACUCGUCAAAUGUGGCUCAUCUCACUCCAAAUGCCACCUCGGUGUCGUCCAGCGUGGCUGUCGUGACACCCGAAGCAGACUUGACGAUUGCAACGUCAGUGGUGCCCCAAGAGACUACUGCUUCCAAAAGAGGAACUCCGGGAGCAGUAACGGCUAGUGAAGAACUGCACCUAUUCGAGCCCGUGUCACUGGAAGAGCUUGAGAACGACGAUACAACCGAUCACGCAGAAGGAGGCCUCGCCGCCAUACUGCAAGGUCUUGUGCACGGCUUGCACGACAUCAUGGGUGUCGAGGACGUUGAUGACGACGAUUUUAGUAGCUUUUUAUCUGGCGAUAGCACUCCGCCCGUAGUCUUAUCUGUUCAAAUCAACGGCCAGGAAGCUGAGCUUGAUGAAGCAGAAGCCAGCGAUUGGGUCACAGAUGAAGACGAUGAUUUUGAUACUGGCGAUAAUGGUGAGUUAGAGUGACAGAGCUAGUCUUCAAUAAUGCGAUUGGAUUUUCGACAUGAAAAUUACUCUUCAUGGCGAGUAACUUCAGAGGCCGCUAUCCUAAAAAUGGGGACUGAAUCAGAAGAACUGCAGAGUGAACAUUUUGCAUCAAUCAAGUAUCCGUAAUUGUGGCCGUGUUAGUUUCGUAGUGCUUAUCUUAGAAAGUUGCGUAGUGUGCUCAUCUUGUCAUACUAGUUUCGUAAUGCUCAUAUCGGAAAUAGGUGUUGAGAUUAGGAAAAAUAACUCAAUUACUUGCGUUAUUUUUUUUUUUUUUUGCAAAGGAACCACAAAAGUGUAGUUAUUGUACUAGUAAGCAAAUUAUAUCAGCUGAGUGUAACUUUAUGAUGUAAAGUAAUCAAAAGUUGUGAUGCCUUUAUUAGUUAUUCAACUAAACGGCAAUGCGUUGAUACCUUUAACCUUCGGUUUACUCACCAUGAUAUUUGCGGAAAUCAAUAUCUCGGUGCGAAAUCAUGUUUCCUUUUGACGAUUCCUUUUCAUGACUGUUGCUCAUUUCUUCUUCUUUGUUGCAAUUGUUAGUGACGAUGAAUGUUACUUGUCGAUGUUAUCCAUAUUUCAUUAAAGUGACAUUUCACCCUUUGUCUGUUAGUCCUCGUCUAUAUAUUGUUUUUGUUUAAAUUUUGUUAUUUUCAUGUGAUAUUAUUUGUAUCCGUUAUCCCCUGAUUGCAAAAAGUUCCUCCAACGUAUCCCAGGAACAGCUCACCUUUCGAGCUAAGUGUCCUGAACUAUUUCAACAAUGAAUCUUUCGUUAGUUCCGACUCAAUUAAAGGCUGGAUAUUAGCUACAUUCAGCGGUGUGAGAGUGCCAGCCUGUUUAUGGCACGCCUUGAGAUGCAUGGGAAGUUAUUUCUAUAUCAAAUCUUCUAUUAAAAAAGUUCGUUUAGAUUUCCGUAAUCUAGUUCUUUCCUUAAUGAAGAGCAACCGAAAACAAAAUUAGAAAAAGAUAAUGUAUUGUGUACAUAUUUCAGAGAGCAACUAAUAUAUGUUAGAAUAUACCGGUAUGCGACGGAUUUAUUCAACAUGACGAAUACGCCUGUAUACGUAUCUUUGGUGCUGGAAGUAAUAUUGUACUUGCUAUUGACACAAUAAGUCGCGGAUGCUAGAGCUCUACAAAUUGUCUUCUAUUGAAUUAAGACUGCCUGCUUCUCGUCCGCAAUUUCAUUCAGGAAAACGUCUUCCAUGAGUUUCGUCAUUCUCUUGCUGUGUCUUUCAGCUUUCGUAUUUUUUUUUUAUUGCCGACUAAAAUUCUUCUUAAGGUCUUCGCCAGUUUCCCUAAAUCGUGCCAAUGCUUUAUUUUCUUAGCGCGCUAUCACAUUAUGUUCUUUAUUUUCUUCUACCUAUCUCAGAAGCGCAGGUAAAUUUCGCGCAUACUAUUACUAUUAUUCUACUACAUUCUACUUAUUCGCCCAGUGCCUUCCGCCAACGAGUGUAGAUGGAGCAGCUGAGUUGUGAAUGCUCGCUGACAUCGCAGUCUCCGAAUACGAAGUAUUCUGAGGAGUACGAUCUUUGUUUGAUGAGCGCUGCUUUCAUAUUAAAUGUUGUGAAUAAGGCAAGGGAUUAGUGUUAUUUUAUUAGAUACGGCAACUUUACGUCAACAUCUAUAGUGUACGUACAUUAGUAGGCUUAUCUUUGUGUUUGUUCCGUUUGCGAAAUAACCGAGCAGGUGUUACUUGGGAAAGUAAAUAUUUUGCUCUAGAUUAGAUUUAUUGUAAAUGCUCCGUUAUUUUCACUGUGAUGUGUGUAUAACAUUAGAUUUACUCUAAGUUGAUAUAGCCAUUAUGCCUCAAGUGAUCAGUUUCGGAAAAGAUAAUCUACAGGCUUUGGCGUCAUGUCGGAAAGCUGGUAAAGGCUUAAAUAUUAGCGAUUCAAGUUGUGUAGGUAGCAUAAGAAGCGCUCAACGUUAGCACGCUAUUAUUUUGCUUACUGGUUGUACAAAUAUCUCGUUUUAUGUCUGGUUCAUGGUUGUUGGGAAAAUGGCUCCAUCUAUAUGAUCGCCAAUAAUUACUCUCUGUACAAGCUCGCCUAAAUUUUCUAUUUCGGGGAUCUAAUCAUAGUAUCUGCUUGGCAGAACUCAUGCUGGUUUCAACUUGAGUGUUACUAUAUUAAUUUGGUUUGGAGGAACUAAUCUAUAUUUGUAAUUGGAGUAGUUAAUUUUCAUAACAACUCGGCCAGAUUAAUCCUUUUCUUUCCGCUAAUAACUUGGGUUUGUCUGAAUCUCGAGGGGCUUUUCUAUGACUGGGAAUUACGCAAGAGAAAUUCUUGCCUCAUUUAAUGGAGUUUGUUUUUGUUAGGGAAACGUUGUUCUAUGUUGAUUGUUACUAUGAAAAUUCUGCCAAACAUUGUUCCUGGAGCGUCUGUAUUGCUUAGCAGGCGGACUCGUACGCGUGAUAUGUCUUUGUGUUGGGUUGGAGGAAGACUAUCGUAAUUUUACCAGUAAAUUACAGUCUUAAAAUGUUGCCCGAGAAGAUUUUAAACAAUCGAUAGAUUUAUUUACAUGUUUUGUUUGCAGAUCUGGCCUCUGUGGUCACGUAUUACUUGUCUUCACGCACGCUUCUGGAAUUUUGGUUUCAGUGUGACACAGAUGCGUUUGAUUCAACCGAUUUUACCUUUGUUAAGCGCGAUGAUAGGUCAGUCCAAUAAAGUAUAUAUUUUUUUACCGAGUUCA